CACAUCACAAACUUUCACGAGCUCCAGGGCUUCCAGGACCGGGUCGCAUCUCCACCGUAUAUACAACGGCAGAUCCAUCCGGCGUCGAACUCCUAGGAGCUCCCAACAACUCACCAACACCAAAACACUAACAGAGCAAAAGGCACCACGACCUAAAAUCAAUCAAUCAUUUCGCUCUAUUGCUCCAUUUUCAUGGCGGAGUUGCUCUUCCCUUAUCACUCCGAUUGUUCUGAAUCCACGGUUAAUCGCCGAUUCUCCAUUAACCAGAAUUAAAUUCUUCGCCAUGGGAAGCGGAAAGCAGCGAUGGAAGAUCGCGUCGUUCCAUAAGUCUCCUUCAUCGUUGUUCGCCGGGAAAAAGUUGCAGAACCAUCACCGCCAGGCGCCGAUCGAGUUUCUGUGUCCGCUCUCCGGUUCGAUCAUGGCGGAUCCUGUUAUUGUAGCCUCCGGCCACACCUUCGAGCGCAACUGCGUCCUUGCGUGCCUUUCGCUCUCCUUCAACCCUACCCUCGCCGACGGCGCCUUCCCCGAUUUCUCCGCCUUAAUCCCUAACCUCGCCCUCCGGUCCACCAUUCGCAACUGGUGCCGCCACCACCUCCUCGAACCGCCGGAAACCGUCGAUUUCUACUCCGCUCAGGAGAUUGUUCGGAGAUUUAUGCCUCAAUUAGCCGCGGCGGUGGUGAAUCGGACGCCGAGCGAGGUGUCCGUCGCCAGUUCGGACGGAACCCUAACUCCACGAAUUAGGACCGCCACGCCUCCGCCGUUCUCCGCCAGAGCUUCCUGCUGUUCGUCUUCGUCGUCCUCUGAAAUAGAGACGAAUUUCUCCGAGGAAAACGAAAUCAUCGCGAAGUUCAGAAGCUCUGAGAUUAGCGAACAGGAGGCGGCGGUGGUGUCUCUCCGGCAACAGACGCGAACGGAGGAGGAAUCGCGCGUCCGUCUCUGCACUCCGCGGCUGCUCUCCGCGCUCAGAUCGUUACUCGCCGCCAGAUACUCGUCGUCCCUGCAGGCGAACGCCGCCGCGACGGUGGUGAACCUCUCGCUCGAGAAGGAGAACAAGGUGAAGAUCGUGCGGUCAGGAAUCGUCCCGACUCUAAUCGACGCUCUGCGCGGAGGUUCGCCGGAGUCACAGGACCACGCCGCCGGCGCGCUGUUCAGCCUAUCGCUCGACGAUCAGAACAAGACGGCGAUCGGCGUGCUCGGCGCGCUGCCGCCGCUGCUCAGCUCGCUCCGGUCCGACUCAGUCGGAACUCGGCGCGACUCGGCUCUGGCUUUAUACCACCUCUCGUUGGUGCAAAGCAACCGGGUCAAGUUAAUCAAGCUCGGGUCGAUCCAAAUUCUACUGGGAAUGGUGAAAUCGGGUUGGAUGCCGGGUCGGAUCCUCCUGAUCCUCUGCAACAUGGCCGGAAGCGUGGAGGGGAGGGCGGCGAUGCUCGACGGCGGCGCCGUCGAGUGCCUCGUAAAUUAUCUAAACCACGGCGAGGCGGCGACGCGGGAGAGCUGCCUGGCGGCGAUUUACGGGCUGAGUUACGGCGGGCUGCGAUUCAAGGGCCUUGCGAAGGAGGCCGCGGCGGAGGCGGCGCUCCGGCGGGCGGAGGCGGCGGCGAGCGAACGGGGGAAGGAGAAGGUGAAGCGAAUUCUGGAGGUGCUGAGAGAUAAGGAAGAUGAAGAAGAAGAGAUCGACUGGGAGGAGCUGCUCAACUCGGACGAUUCAUUGAGUCGGACUCAGUGAGUGAAUUUAGUUUUGGUGUAAGUAAUUAAUGUUUGUUUUGUCUGUCUGUCUGUUUUUAUUAUUGGGCUUGCGCUUUGGCGUGGUUUACUAUUACUUCA